ACACAAGGGUUGGAUAAUCACUCGGAGCAAACAGAAUGGAACUUAUGCUUUAUAAAUUGAUUGCAUUUCAACAGUUUUCAAAGACCACACUGUGAUCUCUCAUCAGAAUACAGAUGACAACAGAAGAUUAUGACGGAAAACAGAAACGUAAGAUUCCUGACAAGUAUCAGGAUCUUGCUCGAUACUUUUCCAAAGAGGAAUGGCUGGAAAUGGCAGACUGGGAAAAGGUCCGCUACAAAAACCUAAAGCAAAACUUUGAGAAAUUGCUUGACAUAGGUUUUAAAGUACCAAAGCCGAAGUUUAUGAUCAAGAAGCACCAAUCUACAGAGACCUCUGCCAUUGAUGAGGAUGAAGAAUGGACUCCAAAGCUAAAAGCUAAUUGUAGAAAGGUUAAAGCAGCAAAUAAACUUAACAAAAAGAGACAAGGAAAGAAACUUGAUGAUUUGUCUCAGGAUAUGAGUACAGUAUUGGUUAACUUGCAAAAUAACAGAGGUUACAGGAGUGAACAGAACUCUCAAGCAAUGCAUUCUGGAAGAACAAAAAAAGAAGAUGAGCUAAAGGUGCCAUUCGGUGACACCAAAUCUCCACCCAAAACCCAACCGAAAAUGGUUGCAAAGCCAUCUCAUAAGUACAGAAAAGUUUCUAAAGAGGUUUCAGAGAAUCAAGGAGUGGACAAACCAGGCAGCAGUACAUAUUCUUUAAGAAGUAAAGCAAGAAAAUUAUAUAUAGAAAUAGAGGAACCACAGGACGAUGACUAUUUGUUUUGUGAAGAAUGUCAGUCUUUUUUCAUCAAGAAAUGUCCAGUUCAUGGAGCCCCAUCUUUCAUUCAAGAUUCUGCAGUUGAAUUAGGAAAGGAAAACCGAGCUGCACUUACACUACCGCCUGCAAUGACAAUCAAACUCUCCAGCAUUCCACGUGCAGGACUUGGAGUCUGGAAUCAGGCCACAAUUCUUCCAAAAGGAACCCAUUUUGGACCUUAUGAAGGAGUCAUAACUGAAGAGGAUACAGCAACCACAAGUGGCUACUCUUGGCAGAUCACUAAAGGUAAAUAUCAACAUGAGUACAUUGAUGCAGUGGAUGAGAAGAUGUCUAACUGGAUGAGGUAUGUAAAUUGUGCCAGACACGAGGAAGAACAAAAUACUGUGGCUUUACAAUAUCACCAGAAAAUAUACUAUCGUGCCUGCAAAGAUAUCCUCCCGUACACCGAACUCCUUGUCUGGUACGGGGAAGAAUAUGGAAAAGAACUUGGUAUUAAGUGGGGAACAUCCUGGGAUGAAAAUACGUCAGCUCCAGCACAAAGAAUGCAUGUGAUCCACCCAUGUCAAUACUGUAAUACUGCGUUCAGCAAUCAGGAGUAUCUCUUAAAACACAUGAAACUAAAACAUUUCAAUUCUAAAAGAAAGCAAACAGAAGAAAUGUCCAGUUUAGAUAAUUCUUCAAACAAUGCUCAUUUUGAUCUGAAUGGAAUUUCACCUGCCAGUCAAUUAAAUAGCACGUAUAAUGAAAAAACUGUUUUUCAAUGUGAAAUAAGUCUGAAGGAGUUUGGGUUAAAAUGUAAAGAAACUCCUAGAGGGAAGAGAUCCUAUGUAUGUCAGGAAAGUGGGAAACAUUUCACACAGAUGGAAAACCUAGAAAUCCAUCAGAGAUUACAUACCGGGGGGGAAAGACCCUAUGUAUGUCAGGAAUGUGGGAAACAUUUCACACGGGCGGGAAGCCUAGAAAUCCAUCAGAGAUCACAUACAGGGGAAAGACCCUAUGUAUGUCAGGAAUGUGGGAAACGUUUCACACGGGCGGGAAACCUAAAAACACAUCAGAGAUCACAUACAGGGGAAAGACCCUAUGUAUGUCAGGAAUGUGGGAAACGUUUCACACAGGCGGUAAACCUAAAAACACAUCAGAGAUUACAUACCGGGGAAAGACCCUAUGUAUGUCAGGAAUGUGGGAAACGUUUCACACAGGCGGGAAGCCUAGAAAUCCAUCAGAGAUUACAUACAGGGGAAAGACCCUAUGUAUGUCAGGAAUGUGGGAAACGUUUCACACUGGCAGGACACCUAAAAACACAUCAGAGAUCACAUACAGGGGAAAGACCCUAUGUAUGUCAGGAAUGUGGGAAACGUUUCACACAGGCAGGACACCUAAAAACACAUCAGAGAUCACAUACCGGGGAAAGACCCUAUGUAUGUCAGGAAUGUGGGAAACGUUUCACACAGGCGGGAGACCUAAAAACACAUCAGAGAUCACAUACAGGGGAAAGACCCUAUGUAUGUCAGGAAUGUGGGAAACGUUUCACACAGGCGGGAAGCCUAGAAAUCCAUCAGAGAUUACAUACCGGGGAAAGACCCUAUGUAUGUCAGGAAUGUGGGAAACGUUUCACACAUGCAGCAAGUUUAAAAUGUCAUGGGAGAAAGCACACAAGGGAGUUUCACACUGAAUGGAGACACUAA